AUGCUCGCAUGGGGAUGCUCGACUGACGUGAUCGACGAGUACUGUAGAUUGGGUGAAAGCACAACUCUUGAAUCACUCCAUAAGUUUUGUUGCAUUGUUGAAGCCGUGUAUGGCCAAUGGUACCUCAGGUCUCCAAAUCCAGUUGACAUUUGCAAGCUAUUGCACAAGGCAAGCCAGUUUAUAUCGGUCACAAAAAAAAACAAAAACACUGUUGUGCUAGAGGCUGUGGCCUCGUACGACACAUGGAUAUGGCAUUCCUUUUUUGGAGCCGCUAGAUCCAACAAUGAUAUCAACAUUUUAGCUCAUUCUCAAUUGUUCAGUGAUGUGGUACAUGGAGUGGCUCCUCAUGUUGAAUAUAUUGUCAAUGGAAAUCAAUACCAUUUGGGCUACUAUUUGGCAGAUGGGAUCUAUCCCCGUUGUGCUACUUUGAUGAAGACCAUCUCUUCUCCUGACAACCCGAAGAAAAGGUUUUUUGCACAAAUUCAAGAAGUGUACAGGAAGGAUGUUGAAAGAGCAUUUGAAAUACUACAUGCUUGA